AUGAAAUAUCAAAGAGUUGCCUGUAAAUGCAAGAACACCCCCAUCUACGAAUAUCAAGAUGCGCCCCAUUACUCUGCAGCAAUCAUUCACGAAGUGAACCUUCUUGAAACUCAUCGAGACAGGAGUCAAUACGUUAUCUUCACCAACGUCGAUCAGGAACAAUUCUCGCGCGGCUUCAAAGGCAAUACCGAUACCAUUCCAUUUGGGUCAUACUAUCCUCGACUGCAAAUCCUCCUGACGAAAAUAGAAACGAAGACCCACGCCAAUGCCAGCAGAGAUUUUGAGGCGGCUCUCAUAAAAAAGCUAGCUGCAAUGAAGGAUCUGGAUAAACAGCUCGUCAAAGUGGGAGGAGCCCACAUCGAGACAGUUGAUCGUACGAAGAGGGCGGAUAACGCAUACCAACCACAACGUCUUCCAAAAUAUCGUGACCAACUAUGGCCAACCGUCGUGGUUGAGGUCGGAUACUCGGAAUCACUGCGAAAGCUAGCGAAUGACGCUCGGUGGUGGCUUACAGCGUCCAACGGGGAUGUCAAGACCGCAAUUACUAUUUCGAUCAACCAGAAAUACCGAGAGAUCACAUUUGAAAAAUGGGGGUUGAAUACUGAAGAGGAACCAGUGGUGCUAUACAGGGUUCAGAUGCAACAAGAUGCAGUCUGCCAACACGUCAAAGUCUCCAAUAAAAGCCCCCUGGUAAUCGGUUUCGAAGAGCUUUUCCUCCGACCUUCACAAGAGGCCUGCGAGGGCGAUAUCGUCUUUAGUCAGGACGAACUUAAAAAACUCGCAUCCAUGACGUGGGAUGUUCACUUCAAGGCCAACGAUCAAUAA